CUCUGCACCUGAACACCUUUUAAACGAAAUCUAAACCCAUACGUUUUUUAACUGUGUUUGUGUUUUAUAUGUGUCAGAACAUCGUUCUCUCCGGAGGAUCCACGAUGUUCAGAGACUUCGGGCGGCGUGUGCAGAGAGACCUGAAGAGAGUGGUGGACGCCCGACUGAAGUUUAGUGAAGAACUCAGCGGAGGACGAUUAAAGCCAAAGCCAAUGGAGGUGCAGGUCGUCACUCAUCACAUGCAGCGCUACGCCGUCUGGUUCGGAGGAUCAAUGUUGGCGUCCACGCCGGAGUUUUCCCAGGUGUGUCACUCGAAGAAGGACUACGAUGAGAUCGGGCCGAGCAUCUGUCGACACAACCCCGUGUUCGGAAUCAUGUCCUAAUGAACAGUGGCAGCUACAAAUAGCUCGCUUGAUAGCAUGCUACGUUGUGAGCCUGUUGUCCUGUUCUCCUGAUAGCUGCUAGCCACCAACCACUUAGCCAGUAGCCAGUUACAGGUACAUCUCAAUAAAUUAGAUUAUCUUGGAAAAGUUCAUUCUAAUUUCUUGAGGUGCACCUGUAAUAUAUUGUUUAUUUAAUUGUUUUAGCCCGUUAUGCUAAUACACGGUUAGCAGGCUAGCUCAGUCUCAUCCAGCGCAUGGCGGUCUGGAGAAAGCUAAGCACCAAAAUCUGCGAUUUAUUUUAAACGUUUACCAUCAAGAACUUGUUUAUUGUCCAAAAAGCAACCAGGUUCGUUUUUUUUUUUUUAAGGAUUUCUCAAGACCUCAAAAUGAAGAGUAGCUAGCUGUUAGCCUGUUAGCAAUGUAGCAUCGCAGAGAGUGUUUGUUCAACAGCCUGUAUCAUAUACUUCUGCACUCAGAGCGUUUAUAUUUGUAAAGAAAAGCAGAUCAUAUUUAUUAUAAUGUUAAAUCUAUGCACAUUAAACUGAGUCUUUGUCUGAGAGAAUAAAAAGACCCAACAGAUAUUUAGUUUUAUGAAGAUUUCCACACUGUCACACUGAAAUCAUAUUUUUGUGGCCAAGCUGAGUUUUAAUGAAUGUUAAUAAAUCAUCUGUGGUUUGAUACUGAGCUGCUGUCAAUAAAUCCCCUUUAAGACACCGUUAA